AUGAAAACAAUAAUAUUCUUAUUGUUGUUUAAAAUUAUAUAUGCCAAUGAUAAGAGUAAAGCAAUAAAGUAUUUAAGUGAUUAUGGAUAUUUAGAUAUUACAAAUGUUAAUGAUAAUACUCAUGUUAGUGAUGAUGCAUUUAGAGAGGCAUUAAUGUUAUUUCAGUUAACAUAUAAUCUUGAAAUAAGUGGUGAAUUAAGUGAUGAUACUUUAAAUUUUAUGAACAUGCCUAGAUGUGGUGUAAAAGAUGAAUUUGGUAGCUAUAGAACUAGUUUGUAUAAAUGGAAUAAGCAACAUAUUAAAUGGCAUUAUAAAGGUGCUACUAAAAAAGUAUUACAAUUAACUGAUGCAGCAUUUAAAAUAUGGCAAGAUAAAAUAGAUAUUCAGUUUAAACAUGAUAGCAAUAAUCCUGAUAUCUUAAUUACAAAUAAAAGACGUAAACAUAAAUUUGAAAUUGAUAAAAGUAUACAUUUUUCAAAGGAUUUAGAUGGUAAAGGUAUUGUUUUAGGUCAUGCAUUUUUUCCAGAUAUGAAUAAUAAUCCUGUAGAAAUACAUAUGGAUGAUGAUGAAAUAUGGUAUUUAGAGAUGAAUACUAAUACACCAAAAGGACAAACAAAUCUAUUUGAAGUAUUAAUACAUGAGAUUGGUCAUUCAUUAGGUCUACGACAUUCAGAUGAUUAUAUUUCAGUAAUGUAUGCAUACUAUAAUGGAUCUCAUUUAGAAUUAUCUCUUGAUGAUAUUGAUGCUAUUCACAGUUUAUUUGGUAAACAAUCAACACAACCAACACAAGUACCAAUUAAACCAAUUUCACCACCUAUACAAUCAGAACCUAUAUCAUUAUGUCAAACUAAACAUAUUGAUCACAUAUUAUUUAUGAAUGGGAUUUUAUAUGUUUUUUAUUAG